AGCCGUUUGGCUGAAGGACGUCCUUGAGGACUUCUGUUUCCAGGCAUCGUGUUACGGGCUGGCGGAUCGCGCAGCCCGCCAGCCGCAUGAGCGAAGAGCCCCUGCCCGACGACACCGUGCACUCGGCGCUGCAGAAGCUCUUCCCGGAAGUCCCGGCGGAGGACCUUGAGCCCGCCGCGGCCUGGCUGGGGGACAAGUUCGGGAUGACGGAGUAUGCCGACCUGGAAGGGAUCAAGCCGAUGGCCGACGCUGCCCUGAGCGUGGUUGCGACGGAUGCCAGCGUGGGCCGUGCCGCGAAGCAGGUGCUCGACACGCUGCUCCGCCGCCUCGCGGGGCUGCCCGCCGCGUUCUCGCCGCCUCCGCGGGGCGGGGAGCCGCCAGGCUCAGAACAUGUUCGUCUGGCGCACGCGUGGCGGCGUCCGCUUCGGCGGUGAGGGUGACGGGCGCCAUCUGGAAGAGCCUCGCCGUCGGGGAGGCGAUCGGCGAUGGCGCAGAGAUCUGCCGCAUGUCCACCGAUUCAGCCGUUGCAGGAGGUGUCGCGCCGCAUCGACGCCAAGGGGAGUCGUUGUCGCCCCCCCGUCGCCGUCAAGAGUAGUCGUCGUUUGCGUCGUCGCUUGACUCCUGAUUCUAUCACCACCUUCUGUUCGGCGCCG